GACAGACACCACUCUUUUUCACUGCCAUGAACCCUGACCGGAACAGAUACUCUCGGAAUAUCUUCACCCAAACGCCUCUGAUCAGAGAGAGAAACGUAGAGGGAGAUGCUUAGGGUUAGGGUUUCAAACAAAUAUCUGGUUACGGAGAAACUACGAGGUUCUCACUCUUUUGUGGAUUUCUGUAUUACUUCUGCUCUGUAAAUGAUGAUUCUGUAAAGACACGAGAAGAGUUUGAUUAGAGGCAAGUUGAAUUCGGUAGAAAAGGCAGUAAUUUGGCGUGGAGGAGAUUCUAAUCCCCCUUUCCCCACUUCUUUCCCCUUCUAAGCUCCAUUUUCCUUUUUUUUUUCUUGAACUGCUAUCGUUGACUAAUUUGAGUACAAGACCACAAGUUUCAGACCAUAGGUCUCGAUUUGAUGCUUGGAGGACACAAAAUUGAUUCCAAGAAAUGUUUACUAAGAGUUACUGUAUUUGAUUCAUAGCGAAGUUUGCUUCAGGCCCCCUUCCAGACGCUGUAACCAAGCGGAGAAGUGUAUUUUCAUGUGCUGAUUACUCUCUCUUUUAACGCAAGAAGUAUAGUUUGGAUGAGGCGCCCGCCUGUGGCUUAAGGCUGCAGCAUGAGUUGCGGCGAGGAGAACAGAGAUGGUGUGGAUGAAGGCCUUAUGCAGAACGGGUUGGUUCCCGGUCCGGAUUUCAAGAUUGAUGAGAAACUUCUUAUCGACCCGAAGCUGCUCUACAUAGGGUCCAAAAUUGGAGAAGGAGCACAUGGGAAAGUCUACGAAGGAAGGUAUGGUGAUCAAAUAGUUGCAAUCAAAGUUCUACAUUCUGGAAAUACCCCAGAAGAAAGAGCGGCACUUGAAGGUCGUUUUGCCCGGGAAGUUAAUAUGAUGGCUAGAGUAAAACAUGAGAACCUUGUCAAGUUCGUUGGUGCUUGUAAGGAUCCUUUGAUGGUAAUAGCUACAGAACUAUUACCAGGGAUGUCACUUCGAAAGUAUCUGACUAGCAUUCGUCCAAAUCAGUUAGAUCUCUGCGUUGCAAUAGGUUAUGCUCUUGAUAUUGCUCGGGCCAUGGAUUGUCUACAUGCCAAUGGGAUUAUACACAGAGAUCUGAAACCUGACAAUCUGUUACUCACGGCAAAUCAGAAGUCUGUAAAGCUUGCUGAUUUUGGUCUUGCAAGAGAAGAAUCUGUGACUGAGAUGAUGACUGCAGAGACUGGAACCUACCGCUGGAUGGCUCCUGAGUUAUACAGCACGGUGACUUUGCGCCAGGGGGAGAAGAAGCAUUACAACAACAAGGUUGAUGUCUAUAGCUUUGGGAUUGUUCUAUGGGAAUUAUUGACCAAUCGUAUGCCAUUUGAAGGCAUGUCCAACCUGCAGGCUGCUUAUGCUGCCGCUUUUAAGCAAACCAGGCCAAAUCUACCUGAAGACUUGCCUCCUGAUCUCGCGUUUAUCCUACAAUCAUGUUGGGUUGAGGACCCUAACAUUCGCCCGAGUUUCAGCCAGAUCAUUCGCAUGCUAAACGCAUUCCUCUUCACACUCUCCCCAGUCUUGCCAUCCUCACUGGGCACUGACAGAGUCGAGUCGGCGGCUAUGCCAAGUAACGGUAUCAUCACCAAGUCAUCUGCACGUACAAGAGGGAAGUUUUCCUUUCUUCGCCAACUUUUUGCUGCAAGGAGGACGAGGAACUCGGAUUGCGUGGGUUAAUUUUGAAACAAUUCUGAAUUUUCAAUAAAGAGAAGAGAAUCCUGUGAUGUUAUAUAUACACAUCUCAAUUAAUAUGUAUUUAGUUAUUGGAAUCAUAGUUGUUAGCAACAGCCAACAGAUGAAAGAAAAUGUAUUACAAGGAACAGGAAAAGUUAACAAAGGGUUACGGGAGUGUGUUUACUCUAGUCUUCCCUA